GAUCAGCCAUCAGUCGCAUCAGAUGAUACCACAACUGCGACGGAUCAACUUUUAGUAGCUCCUUCUACAACUAUUGUAGCUGUUAAGGAUAGUAACACUGAGCUCACUUUAUCGAGCACGUCUGCUAGAAUAGUACAAACAUCAUUCACAGAACAAGCAGAAGACCUUCCUGUCGAUACAGCAGCGCACCCUUCCCAAAGUAACGGGAGACAGGACAAUACCACACAUGACACUAGUAAUCACAAUGUAAACUACAAUUCUACUACCAACAUAGUUGUCGAAUACAAUGACAAAGUCCACAAGAAGGUUUCAGCUCUAUGCGACAACAAGAAUCCGCUAAGGUUAUUAGAGUACCUUGGUGACAGUAUGUGGGUACGCCCCCCUGAUCCUACUCUCGCCUUGCGUGGUCCCAAUAAGAGGCUAGUUCCAAACGCAUACUAUCAACCAGACAUAUUCGUUUUAGCUCUGUAUUGA